CGCUUCACACAAUGCCAAUGCCUUAAACCUCACGGCUGCCUACGGCUGCCUGUAGCUGCUAUUUUUUCGCCUCAGCUAUAACACACAUACCAGCCAGUCCGAUAAGAGACAUAGCCUGCAAACAAGGACCGUUCACCCACCAUGUCAAGCUUCGGCGUUGUCAUUUCGGGCCGCCCAGUCCUCACAGACGCGCAAAUCAUAUCGCCCACGCAGGUCGCAUACCAAAUCCCGUCGCAACCCUCAUUCUCGCACAUCGUGGUCUUCCUGCUCCCGGGUACAACGCUGCCCGAUGGCACUGCAGCCGCCGUCUACGCGCAACUUCCCGGCACCCCCGACUUCAAGCUGCUCGGCGCAAUCGCAAACGAGAAGCCUAGCGCGAUCUUCAAAGUGAGAAACGGAAGCGCAGCAGGCGGCGGUCUGGGCGAUGAAGACGCCAUGGUCGACGAAGGGAUGGCGAACGGUGCCGCGGCCCCGCUGGCACUGGGCAUAAGCGUUGAACCUGCGGCGCAAGUUGCUGCGGCGCUGGAGCAGAAGAAAGCGCAGGAGGCUGCUGCUUUGAACUCCGAUGGAGCAGCUGGGAGCUCGCUUGUUGUGAGGGGCCAGAACACGGUCGAUCAGAAGGUGCUUGCGCAGCGCAUUAUCAAGAAUUGCUACGAUUUCUUGACGAGCUGGGGCAGUGGGGAUACGGUCCCCCUGAAGGCUUUCCAGGCUUGGUGGACGAAGUUUGAAGGGAAGAUUGAGAGGGAUCCUGGCUUCUUGGAGAGGAGUGACGGCGGUUGAAAAACAUGAUCCGAGUGUCAAGAAGUUGAUUGAGAGGCGCUUGACUGGCAUGAGAUCAGCCUGACUGUUCUCUGGGCUUGAUGAAGCAGAGACAUCAGCGUGUCAAAGCGGUUUGUUGUGACUGUAAUGUAAUAUGGAGCAUCUGGCAGGCGCGCGAGAGGGUCGACCGGGAUAUCAGUGUCUAAUGUACACUCACCUCUAUUGAGUUAACACUAUAUCAUAGACUCUUCAAGAUGUUAUGCUCGCUACAAGCUGGCAGAGCUAUUAAGAUUCAGAAACCCUCCAAGAAGGACUAGGCAUGGCGAACGUGAUGUUCAUGAGAGGACUCACA